GCCUGUGUGCAGUGCGCGUGCGCUCUCGCGGAGGAAGACGGAAACAUGUCGCUGGAAGACCCGUUUUUCGUCGUGAAAGGGGAGGUUCAGAAGGCCCUCACCCGGGCCCGGGGCCUGUUUGACAGAUGGGAGGAACUCCUGCAGGAGGGCACACAGGUGAGCCGAGACGAGCUGGACUGGAGCACCAACGAGCUGCGAAACUGCCUGCGAGCCAUCGACUGGGACCUGGAGGACCUCAGCGAAACCAUCAGCAUCGUGGAGUCCAACCCGGGGAAGUUCAAACUGGGCGACAAUGAACUCCAGGAGAGAAGAGACUUUGUGGAGCGAACCAGGAAAUCUGUGCAGGACAUGAAGGAGCAGUUGUCCAGCCCGUCUGCUGUGGCUCAGGCAGAGAAGAAGAACAGGCAGACUCUGCUGGCCUCGACAGGCCAGGACAGGUCGACCGGACUGGAGGCUCAUCUGGUGUCGGCAAACUCCAGAUACAUCCAGGAGCAGCAGGAGCAGCAGCAGCUGAUCAUUCAGGAGCAGGACGAGCAGCUGGAGCUGGUGUCGGGCAGCAUCAGAGUCCUGAAAGACAUGUCGGGGCGGAUCGGAGACGAGCUGGAUGAGCAGGCUGUCAUGUUGGGAGAUUUCGGAGACGAGAUGGACCAGACGUCUUCACGCAUGGACUCUGUGCUGAAGAAGCUGGAGAAAGUGUCACACAUGACCAGCAGUCGCAGACAGUGGUGCGCCAUCGGCGUGCUGGUCGCCAUCCUCAUCGUGGUCCUCAUCCUCUUCUUCGCGCUCUGACGUGAGCGACGUCCGGCCGAUACUUCACCCUCUCCUCCGUGUCGGGGCGGGACGGACACAUCGAAGGGACGCCACCCCCCCACACCCACUCCUCCUCUUCCUUCCUUCACUCCGAGGACAAAAGCUGCUGUUUUUUGUUUUUUUUUUUUUAACGUGGGGAGGGUGAACCGAGUGAAAGGAAGUCACGGUACUGACUAGACGCUGCUGAGUUGAGAAGGAGCAUUUGCUACCUGUUAAACUACAUGUUGGUGUUGGAAGCCCACCGGAGCAGCCAAGGGGGGGUUGUGAAGGGGGGGUUGGGGGAUAGGGAGGGAUGGGGUGGGGGGAGUUCAGUGUUGCCUUAAUUAUAUUUUUAUACCGUUUUUCAAAUGUGCAGUACGUUCACGUGCCUACCGAAGAAUCGGGGAGGGGAAAUGAGGGAACUGUCGGAAGUGUGACGGCUUCUUUUGGUACUGUCGGAUCGACGCCCCCCCCCUUCCCCUCUCUCUCUCUCACCCCCCCGCCCCUCCACCUCCACCCCUGAGAACGGCCGCGUGCCGCGAUCCAUCAGAACUACAGAUAUACACGCCUCCAUCGUCAUCCAGCCGCUCUGUAUGAAGGCCGUCAGUGUCUAACAAACUGUCUCAUUUCCACACACACACACACACACACACACACACACACACACACACACACCCAUUGUGGGGUGAAGUCAGGUCUGCAGCCGCCCCGUGCGAUUGGCUGAGGCUCCGUUCGUCUCACCAGGCAUUGAGAAACGGCCUCUUUCAUCCUGAAGCGUUGGCUAAUGAGCGGUGGAAUAGUUGCUGGGCAGGAAGCGUGCGCGCCAGGCCCAGAGUCAGGCUUCCAGCGCCCCCUGCUGGACAUCCGGCUUAUCUUCCUUCUUUGUGUCUCACAUACGCACACAAACAAUGGAAGGUUGCAGUGUUUCAUUAUUAAAUAUCAUGCAUUUUUUUUUUGUGUGUAAAUACAAAUAAUCCCUGUACUUCCUCAGUACUUUAUUUUAUUUUUAAUCCAAAUAUGAAUUGUUGUUUUUAAUGUUCAUUCAGUAAAUAUAUAUUUGUUUCUCUCACGGGGGUCAGGUGUCGGUUUGUGUGCGAUGAAGGCGAGGAGCAGCUCUCAGUAGCUUUACUUGUGUUUUAAUGUGCUUCUGCAUAUUCAAGCCCACAUUUCCUCAGUGCUUGAGUGGAGGGGGGGGGGGGGGGUUUAACUAAAAGCUUGGAAAAAGGUUUUGAGAGGAAAUGGAGCAGACGUGUGGUUUCCACACCUCGGAGAUCUCCCUCAGCAGAGCAGCGCUCUGUGAAGGUUUGGUAGAAAAUGUCUUUCCAUUUGGAGAAGUUUGAUUUUUACUUGGUGAUGCCAUGUUUUAAUUUCACCUAAUCCGGCUUUGAAAAAAACCAAUAGAGUGGCUUUUUCGAAGAAUCUGUUGCACAAGUCAGGGUUACGUUAAAGGUGCAGUCUGACAAGUUUUAUUACCAACACAAGAAAAUAUUCCUUAAAAUCUUCCUCCUGUGAAAUAAGUUAAAGAAUCUAAAACAUGAUCAAUUCCAGUCGUCGUCUGGGUUGCUGAUUAAUUUCUCCUGUCCAGACGUCCGUUUGCCUUUCCAGAUAUGAGUUCAAGCAACAAUAGCACAAUGCCUCAGUUUCAUUUAAUCUGUAUGAGCUUUACUUUUGUGUUCAGUGUUAGAAUUCCAGACUGAAAACAUCUAAAUAGUGACUGAAGACUAAAUUUGAAAUAAUGAGAUGAAACUUUCUUCCCGAAGCAGAGAUUUUGAUAAAAUGAUUUAAGUUAAGGAUAAGUGAAUGAUGACGAGGCGUGAGAAUCACUUUAAGGUCAAGUGGUUUUAUAUUAGAAUAAAAAGGAAAAGUUGAAAUGUUAACCAGUCAGUCUUACACUGUUGUGGAUAAUGUGACGUUUAUCAAAAUACCGCGGCGAGAGAAGGCUGAGAGAAGUUUAGACAGUGCAACCUGUUGAAAGAUUUCGACAUUUUAAUAAUACCUGGAUGACUUUUGAAAUGACUUUUGGGGGGUGGAAUAUUCAAUAUAUUGAGAAUAAGGUUGAGAUGUUGAAAUGAAAACUGAACAGGUGAAUUUUUUUUUUAAUACAGAAAUGGUGAGAAUGUGUGUGGUGUGCAGAAACGGACUCUUCAGGGCGAUUGUUCUCUCAUUAGGAGGUUUGAUCUCCACUUUUUAACGUUUUGGCUGCAGUCUUAUGGCCCUGACGCUCUGUCACACCUCACAACAACCCGUCUCACUACCGAGUUCACCGUUACGCUCUUUUUUUUUUUUUUUGAGACAAAUAAUUUUGCUCAGUCCUUCUUAAUCAGCUACAUUUGCACGUGUAGAAACAUCAGUCUGUGUUUUUUUUAAUAUCGCACACUCGAGUUUUCGACAGCCGCAGAACAGCAGGGACCGAGAUGGGUACUGGUGCAGUUUUGUGAGAGUUCUAGAAUGUCUGAGAUCCACAAUAUGAGGGUUCUAGAAGGUUUUGGAACGUUCUGUGGUUUAAAACUCUAGUUUUAGAAUGGUAAGCAUCACCUGGAAUGAAAGUCCAUCUAUUUAUGAUUGUCUAAUAAAGAGAAAUGUGAACGC